AACAAAGGGGGGCUGGCAGCAGCUGCACAGAGGAGCUUCCUGCCCCUUUAAGGACGCGGCGCCGACUGAUCUCGGUAACAGGGGCUUCUGUGUAAGCUGAGGCUAAACAAACACAGAUGGGGCUGGAGCUGCAGGGACAUGGAGUGACACCGCCGCACACUGCGCGCCGCCAGCCAUGAGGAGCCUCCAGAUCCUCCAGGACCCCCAGUGGAAGGCAGUGCACUGCCUGAAGGACCUCAGGAGGCUGAAGAGGAAGAACCGGGAGCUCCUCAAGCAGGUCAAUGGCUACCAAACUUUCCAAGUGGACUUGGGUGGCCAUCUGCCCCAUGUGAAGGGGGAGCCCCCGGCAGCCCAGGAGAUGUCCGCUCCUUCUCUGAUGGACAGGGGGGUGGUCGAGGAUGCCCUGGACUUGAGCAGUGGGGGGCUUCCAGGGAAGAAGGGCUCAAUGCCUCCUGCUGCUGCUGCUGCUUCCCCUGCAGGGCUGGAAAAUGGGGAGCAAAUGGUGCAGUCCAGGGUGGUGGUCUGUCACCGACCCCCCGAGACCCCCUACUUGUCCCUGACCUACGACCACGACUCUCCAGAGCCCUGUGCAUCUCCUAGGAGGAGACUGGGGGAGACCACAGAGAUCAAAGCCAUCCAGCAGACCAGGAGACUGCUGGCCAAUGCCAGGGAGAGGACCAGGGUGCACACCAUCAGCGCUGCCUUCGAGGCGCUCAGGAAGCAGGUGCCAUGUUAUUCCUACGGACAGAAGCUUUCUAAAUUAGCCAUUUUGAGAAUAGCUUGUAACUAUAUCCUCUCCCUGGCGCAACUGGCUGACCUUGACUACAGUGCUGAUCAUAGUAACUUGAGUUUUUCUGAAUGUGUAGAGCAAUGUACUAGGACUUUACAGUCAGAAGGAAGGUCGAAAAAGAGGAAGGAGUGAUCUGUGGUCACGUGUGGCCCCUUCCAGCGAGGGGUCCCUUUCUCUGGCACAUGUUGGAUGGUAAAUCCUGAAGACAGCUCUUGGCUGAGACUCCCCAAAAAGACAUCUGUAUCUGGAGCUUCUAAAGACAGUGAAGACAAGCUGCCAGCCUCGGCCUGUGCAGUGUAUCCAGCCCCAGGGUCCGCCUGGGAUAUUUUCCUGUCACUUCAUCCUACAGCCAGAUUGAUUUUUUUGCUCUUGUGCCAAAGAUUUCGCGAAGCUUUCUGUCAUUUUAUUGUCUCAAUUCAUCAGAUUUUUUUUUUUCGUUUCUGUCCAAAGAAGCUGAGAUUUCCUAUCAAGCUCCUGCACAGAAUAUUAUAUUUAUUGCCAUGUGUUUCUGAUGGAGUUCCCCUUUAGGGGCCAUGAUGCUUGACAACCAGAGGCUUCCACCAGACUUUGCUUUGUUGACUGUAUAUUUUUGUCACACGUGGAUCCAGAUCGGAUAAUGUGUAAAGUCCUGGUGGGAUGAGGACUUGCAUGAGACUUUGUGGAUCGUAGUGGAAGUAUUAAUGCAGUGCUCUUCCCUAAUUACAUCCACUAUAUAUUGUACGCAGAUUGGGCACUGUUUAUUCACAUACUCAAAAAACCCCAAAAUACACAUGCUGAUUUCAAGGUAAUACUUGAAAUAUUGAUGAUUGUGUUGGAAAUAAAAGUAAAAAAAAACACUA